AUGGUACUCCAAGUUACAAACCCGAAUAACGUUAAAGUAUACACAGUUUCCGGUUCAGGAACACGUUCGAUACCUGACUGGCUUGCUCGAAGAAAUAAAAAAACUCUGAAGAAUGACCCAGGUUUAGAUUUUGAAUUUCCUGAGGCUUCUAUUAAAGUAAAAACAACGGCUGAUAAUAAAUUUGUGAUCGCGACUGGCGUCUAUAAGCCUCAAAUGCGAGUUUUCGAAUAUGCAGAAACAUCAAUGAAAUUCGAUCGUCAUACAAAUGCUGAAAAUAUAAAUUUUAUAAUUCUCUCGGAUGAUUGGACAAAAUCGGUAUUAUUACAGAAUGACCGAACAAUAGAAUUUCAUGCACAAGGAGGUUUACAUUAUAAAACUCGAAUACCUAAAUUUGGGAGAGAUUUGGCGUACCAUUAUCCUACCUGCGAUCUACUUAUAGCAGCAUCAUCUAGUGAAAUAUAUCGGCUGAAUUUAGAUCAGGGGCGUUUCUUGAAUUCUAUAAUGACGGACGCUGCAAAAGGGGUGAACGUGAGCAUUAUAAAUCCGGCGCAUCAAUUAUUCGGAUUUGGAACGGAAGAUGGAACUGUAGAGUUCUGGGAUCCACGAUCCAGAUCACGCGUAGGCUUGCUGACUCCACGAUUACCAUCAUCUUUAGAUAGUGAAAAUAGCAUUAUUACACCAGACAUUCAAAUAACUUCUAUGAAAUUUCGAGAUGAUGGACUUGGCCUAGCUGUUGGAACAUCCAGUGGUCAUAUUUUGCUAUAUGAUAUACGUAGUUCCUCACCAUGGUUAGUCAAAGACCAUCAAUAUGGGUAUCCGAUUAAAAGUGUACAUUGGUAUAAUAAUGCUGUUGGAGAUAAAGGACGAGGGAAAGUUAUAAGUGCAGAUUGCAAGAUUAUGAAAAUAUGGGAUCGAGAAUCUGGUGCACAUUUUACAUCGGUUGAGCCUCCAAACGAUAUCAAUGACGUGUGUGUCGUGCCUGAUUCAGGUUUAAUAUUCGUUGCAAAUGAAGGUAUUCAAAUUGGAGCUUAUUAUAUUCCGGCUCUUGGACCAGCACCUCGGUGGUGUUAUUUCUUGGAUAAUUUGACAGAAGAACUUGAAGAAAAUCCGCAAGAGAAUAUUUAUGAAAAUUACAAAUUUGUGACGAGAAAAGAACUGGCGAAUCUAGGCUUGGAUCAUCUUAUAGGCACUAACUUGCUUAAAGCAUACAUGCACGGCUUUUUUAUUGACUUAAGAUUAUACGAAAAAGCAAAACUUAUCAUGAAUCCAUUUGCUUACGCGGAAUAUCGUCAACGAGUAAUCAAAGAAAAGAUUGAAAAAGAACGCGCUUCCAGAAUCAGAGUAACAAAGAAGUUACCUAAAGUUAAUAAAGAGCUGGCUAGUCGAUUACUAGAAGAUGAAGAGAAGAAAAAGAGAAAAUCAAAUGAGCCAUCCGUAAAUCCUCUCAAAGAUAACCGAUUUGGCGAAUUGUUUACUAAUCCUGAUUACCAAGUUGAUGAGAAUUCAAGGGAGUUCAAACUCCUUCAUCCUUCUCUUCCUAAAAAGAGGAAAAGUUCAGAUGAAGACGACAAUUAUGAAAAAAGUGAAUCGGAAAACAACGAAAGUAAUAACGAUGAUGAUGAUUCCAUCUCGUCUUCUAGAUCUGAUCUUGACAGUGACGAAGAUCUAAUUACACAACUAGACAAAUUAAGAAGGGCUAAAUCAUCAUCGUCUAAACUAAAAGAUGAACUUAUUCGAUCGUCAAAUACUCAAUCAAAGAAACAAAUAAAUAACAAAUCUCGCAGAAUAGAAAUAAGA